UCUGGUGGUCUUCUUCCCACACCCCCUCCGUCUCUCCGCAUUCCGCAUCUCUCUCUCUCUCUCACUCUCUGCUUCUCUGAAACUACUCUGUGUACGGAAUGGCUGCGGCUUCGACGGAGCCCGCGCUCCCCGGCGGCUCCCCGGCGGACGAGGACGCGGAGGCGGUGGUCGCCAGCGACGAUCUGCGCCAUCUCCCGGACCAGGCGCUGCAGGCGAGGCUGCAGCGCAUGCAGGCCAGCAUCCACGGAGGCAUCGCCGCCCGCCUCCCCGACGACGGCAGGACGUUCCGCCGCAAGCUCCUCGCCAUCCGCCGCGAGCUGGAGCGCCGCAAAGGCCAGGCUUCUGCGCUCUCCGCCACGGACCCGCACACGCCGUCGCCCUCUUCCCUGCCCCCGCCAACGCGCCAAGGCGGGCCGCCGGAUGGCGACCAAUGCAAACGUAUUGUGCAGUCAAGGUGUAUGGAAUCGUCUGAUGUACAAGGGACCUCUUCCUUGCCUGAUCGGGUGAAAGAUGAGCAAAUGGAGACCCCUCUAUGUCCAUCAAAGCAGCUGCUGGAUGCACACCCCAUCAAACCAAAAGUAGAGCCUUGCGAGAACUCACUGUCACCAGCUCCAGAUGCCAGCGAAGAUUGUGAGACCACCCCACUCUCCUGCAACCACCCCUUCUUCACCGUCAUUCUGUCAAGGUCUCAUGUUCAGAAGCCGUUUCAGCUGUACAUUCCAGGUCGCUUCCACAAGCACCUCCCGGAGGAGCGCACUUCCGCCACCCUCAUCUGCCGUGGGAGGUCAUGGGCCAUGCGCUACUGUGGUGACUUGAAGACGAAAAGGCUGGAUGCAGAUUGGAUGGACUUCGCUGUCGACAACCGGCUGCAGGUCAGCGAUGCCUGUGUCUUCGAGCUUGUGACUGGCACCAGAGAGGAGGUGGUGUUCCAGGUACAGAUACUACGCGGCGGCCUGCCGAAGGAUAUCACCUCUAAAGGUUACACCGCCGACGAGCCUCUGGUCAUUGUGGGUUAGAGGUCAGGUCAGGAGAUGCUUCUUGUUGCAUGUAGCACAGGAAACUAGCAGCUUUUGUGCGCUGUUAAAAUCUGGUUUCCUCGCAUGGUCAGCGUAUUUUGUUGGAAUUUUGCUAGUAGGCCUUUGGCCCAAAGCCCAAUUAAAAUUCUGAAA